UAGAUCUAGAAUCUACAUCUAGAUGUAAAAAAUCUAAACAAUCAAAAAGAAAUGCAAAACAACAUUCAAUUAAACAUGAUUUACACUAGACUAGAUCUACAAUUCUAACUGUGUUCAUUACUGAUUAAUAAAAUGUAUGAUAAACAUAGAUCUAAUUAGUCUGCCCAUUUGUAACUUAUCCAAACUAAAAAGCAAGCGACUGAGCUGAUAUUGAGUGCCAUCAACUGAAGAGAAUGGGAACAGAAGACAGACAGAUUGCUUAUAGAGCAAUGAUUGUAGAACUGUCAUCAAAACUUACAGACAAAGAAUUAGGCAGCAUGAAGUUUUUGUGUAAAGAGAUAAUCCCAAACAGAGUGAGGGACAGCCUGGCCACCUCGCUUCAUCUUUUUGAAGCCCUCGAAGAGAGAAAUAAACUAUCAGCCGCAAAUCUUGAAUUUUUAAAACACUUGUUAAAAACUGGAUGUAAUAAACGUGAAGAUGUCUUACUUAUAGUGGAGAACUUUGAGAGGGGAAAUGUUCGGAUCGUCAACCAGUGCAUACAGCAGGCAAUGGAUAUCGAUACACACCCAAUGCAAGAAUCAGGUUUACGAGACAUCUUUCAAGUUUUAGAAGACAAUCUUGGCAGAGAUGCUUUUCAUGUCUUGCGUCGCCUGGGUGUUAAUGAUGAUGUUCUAGACGGGCUCAGAAGUGAUUAUCCUCGGGAUAUCAAGGAAGUUAUACAUCGAGCACUCAGGCACUGGGAGGACUCGGUACGCCAUAUGGAACCCAAAACUAAAAUUGUUGAGGCUCUUAAAAAAGAGAGUAGAAACGAUUUGGUCAAUAAAAUAAAAAGCUUGUAGCAUUUACAGUUGACAUCAAAUUUAUGCUGCCCAAGUAGGAGUCAUCAAUAUGUUAUAGUGUAGUUCUGUCUAUUAGGUGUGACAUUAAGUCCACCUUCUGUAUUAACAGCUCUACACCAGACCUUGAUUACUUCAGUUUGUUUCAAUGCUUAGCUUUUUGUAAAGAUGAAAUUAAAUCUUUUGUUUCGUUUCUUAUUUAAAGGAACGGUGUUUGGUAUUUCCUCAACCAAGGUCAUUUUUGGUUAUUUUAUAUAUAUAGUGCCAUAUCAUUUGUGGGAUAUUUUUUUUGUAUUGCAUUACAGGGCUUGCAAUAGCUUUAUGAAACAAUGCCAAAGUUUUAAGCAAUUGUCUGAAAUUAAACCAAAACGCAAAAUAUGAUAGUAUGAAACUAAUUAAAAAGGGUACCAGUUGUAGGAGAAAAGCUGUUUUAACAGCAUAUUUUAAGCUAAGUGCCUUUAGUACAAAGAGCUAGACAAAAGCAUACUACCUUGUGCAUUCAGUAGUGGAAUUACAGAUGUUUCUGGCUUCUGACAUGUCCUUUGUAAAUUGGCAGCAUCUUUGAUAAAACCUUUAUGCCACAACAAUGUCAUGCGAUUUCUUGCACAUUCAUAGAAGAUGUAAUAUUUUGUGCACAUGGUAAUGAUAAAAUUGCCUUGCAACCCAUAGUGAACUGACUUGAGGAAACUGCACAAUUGUUAAGUAUUGUGGGCCUUUCAAGAGAGAAGAGUAAGCCAGCCACAGUGAGUACUGAAUCAGCUUGGAAUUUGUAAUUCUCUGGAGAUUUUUAUGAUUCUGUCAGCAGCCUGAAUUUCACAGAAUCAUCCAUUCUGUCUGUUUUAAUGUAGAAGUCAAUAUCUGCUUCUUGGCAGGCAGUCUGCAAGGUUUCUGACUGCAUUAGCAACAGACCAUGCAAAAGAAGUUAAUUCAUGAUGCUCCUGCUAAUAUUUAGGUUUCUUUCUGCUCCCAGUACUCUGUCGAUUCAAAUGAAAGAGAGCAUGUGAAGAACUUUCUUAUAUCUUCUCCCUUCGUAGACUGGCGGUUGUGUGUAGCAUUCAUUUUAUCGAGCACUAACACCGACCUCAGCUCCGCAAGAUGUAAAUAUAUUAACCUUGAGGACCUUGCACUCAUCACUCUUGUUCUAAGAAACUUUCACAACCGGCAAGGAUUUCUCCUCUUAGGCAACAAUUAUUUAUCUAGGGCUUAGCUUACUUGCAUGAUUAUGUGUAAAUGAAAACAUUAUGUCAGUAACUGAUGUUGCAUAGAGUAUUUCACACCAAUUUAUAGUGCAAAGAAUUACAAGCCUCUAGUAAAGUGUACAUGGCUGCCCAUGGCUAGCCUAUUACAAUAAUUACUGAUCCUUACAAUUGUACUUUAGUCUAAGCUCUUUACUAGGGUAAAGUGGGCAAAAAGCCCUUCUUUAAACUCUAAGCAAUUUUUUGUUUUUGCAUUGAAACGGUGAUAGAGUUUGAUUAAGAAAAUAUGAAAGUUGCAUUGUCUUUUCCUUUGGCAGAUUAGUCAAAUAUUAAAUUUGUUUCUGUAUUUUCUAAAAAAAAAAUAUUUUGAAACGUUUUAUGAUCAAUGAUGCUUAUGACAUUGUAUAUAUCAAUUAUGCAUGCCUUGUUUUUAUUUGAUACUUGAAUAUUUUUAAGAAUAUAAGGACUGUAGUAGUUGUUAUCAUAGUUUUUAACUUGUUCAAAGUCUCUUAACAAUUUUUAGUCAAUUCCAUAUUGCAAUCUUUGAUUCUCUUAAUGGUUGAGACACAUUGUCUAGAUUUAAAAAAAAAAAUUUAUGACAAAUUCUGCACCAUUCCACACAUUUUUCUCACUUCCUUACUCUUUCCUGGUUUCUGCAGGUCGAGAAAAACUUUUAUCUUCUUCAUGUGAGGUCUUAUGCCUUGUGCACUAAUGCAGUGUCCCAUGAAACUUGUUUUUGUUUUUUUCUACAGUGUUAGGUUCAUUUAGUUUCAUACACAUCUCUUUGCAACUCUCUCUUAAGUUUCUUUACUUUGUCUUUCUCAUAUUCUUCUUCGGACAGGUCCCAUCCUACAAUCUGCUACAUGAAUACGUCCUUCUAAUCCUAACAUUGCUUCUGUUCAAUAUUUCUUCUUUCGUCUGCUUUCUCAACGACUCCUAGUGACAAUAAAAACAGUUCUUGUCUUUUACAUGAACAAAAAUGUUCACUAAUACUGUUGUCUGCCAUGUAUGAUAGUUUUCGAGGGGACCUACUGCCAUCAUUUAGGAUUAGAUCCGUCUUAUUAUCCAUUGUAUACUCUAGCUAGAUCCAGAUUCUAAAAUUUUUUAAAUCAAUUUUUUUUCAUCAAUUUAAAUCUAUACAAGAUCUGGGUCACACCAGAGAAAUAAAUCCAACUACAGCUAUUGUUACCACUUAAUCACAAUAAAACUCUUUUUAUUCAGCUGCCAUUUUUGGUUGUCGACCUAUUUUCAAAUGAUGUUAACCCCCAAAUACUUGAGCGUAACCUAUAAAACACACAUUAAAACUCCAUAUUUUGGUCAUAUUUUUGUCAUAUUUUUUUUUUUUUUUUGUAUUCUAUGAAAUGCUUUCAUUUAAAACCUAGUAGACAAUGUCUCAAGCUGUUUGCAAGCCUGAAAUGUUUAUGUUCUCUGAAUAUAAAUAAAUUUUGAGUAGCGAAGAAUGCAUUUAGUUUUCUAAGUAAUCCCCAUUAAGUAUGAUUCUCAUGAAACACAUGUGAAUGAUUUGUUGAUAAUACCAUGGGGGUUAGUAUAUUUUCUUUUAAUACCGGUAUGUCAAAAAAAAAAAAUUUGACAUCUUUUUUUUUACUAAUGUUGAAAUGAAAACAGAGUUACAACAUUUGUUACUAUGAAUAUUACAUUUUGGAGUUGAUGUAAAUUAUUAUUAUAUAUAUUUAUAAAAAUUUUGUUUAGCUUAUCUCUAUACUACAUUACCAUACCUGAUCCAAUCAAUUUGUUUCUUUAGAUUGAAGGUGUCAUAUAUAUAUAUAUUAUUUGUGAUAUUUCUAAGUGACAUACCCCUUUAUUUAUCCAAGCCCACAGAAUGAAGUAAUCUGAUAAACUUUUCUUCUGUUGAUACCAGUGCAUGUAAAUUUUUUUUUUAUACCGGUACAAUGCAUUUUGUAGCCCCGGGCAAGGGGGAUAAUAACUUGUACAAACUACUUAUGAAAGAAAGAAUUAUGUCAUUAAUGUAACCAUGACAUUCUGUAGUAUUUGUUUAUAAUAUUCUUUACCACUUAAUGCCAUUGUACUUUGUUCUGUGACCAGUGCUGUUAAUUAGUUAAAAACUACCAAAUGCUCCCAUAUCUUGGGUAGAAAUGGUUUUAUCUGCUACUAAUUUUUGUAAACAUUUUAGAGCUAUUGAAUUAUUGAAUGCUUAUUGAGGAGAUUUGUAUACAAGUGACAAGUUCAACAGAGAUUGUUUUUUUUGUGUGUGUGCCUUGAAUUUGUUUUAUUUUGUUGAAGUGACAUAAUAGAAAAAUGUGUCCACUUGUAACUUGUGUUUCUAAUAAUAUUAAUUAUAACCCAACGUCCUGUUUUCACUUUUAGAAAGUUUAAAACCAGUCACAUCAUAUGUCUAUUGUUUGUUUGUAUGCUUUGGACUUUCCUUCAGAAGAAAUGUAUAUCCUAGCCCAUACCUCCUGCAACACGCUAGGGAAGGUGACAAGUAGGGUUUGAACCCAGGAUCUUUGAGAUGACAGUCCAGAGCGUAUACUGCAUAAUCACUCGGCCAUCUUGCUAUUGUUAUGGUUGAGGCAAUUAAAUACCGUGUGGAAUGGUGUGCAGAUGUGUGCUGUUAGUUUAAAGUUAUUUCGUUGAGAUGCUUAAGAACAUCCAUGUUUCAAUGUAAUAAAUGUGAGCUAGGUUUGUUUGAAUGGUUUAUUAGACUUGAAUAUAUCAAUCCACUUAAAUAGGUUUAUUAAUAUUGACAUGAACUGAAAGACUAAAUUCCAACUAACUGACUAUUCAUCAAUGCCCCCAUUAAUCUUUUCUUGAAAUAAAUUUCCAGUGAUUCUCA